AUGGAGAGACAAAUAGAUGGAAGAAUAGCUCGGAGUGCGCGGCAAUUGAACUGCCAGUCAGAAAGGGAAACUGGAUUGAUCGAAAAAGAACACCCCACAACAGAGACGGCAUCAACUUUGUCUAGCUUCAGCGAUGAAGAUAGUGAAUUGAGUCUCGCUCAUCGACAGGGCGGUGGAGGCAGAAGAAGGGUUUCUCGAAACUAUCAGGCGAGGGCUCAUGGUCAUUCCUGGUUUUCAAAACGUUCUACUCGGCCUGCAACACAUCGGGACCAUGUGCCUCAGGUCUCUCACCGGAGCGUCAGAGCUAAUUCACAUUCACUACACUCACUGCUGCCUUCCCCCGUCUCACUCUCAUCUUCCCUCUUCUCCUCUCCUCCCUCUCCUUCCUCUUGCCCAUCUUCUUCAACAUUCUCGCAAUCAUCGUCGUCUACCUCACCUUCUCCAAUACCAUUUACCAAAAGAGCAAAAGCUACAGCAAUGACUCAAGGUUCACGACAUAGAAGUACGCUUCUGCGCGAGCGGAAGCGUCCUUUGCAGCCCUCAAGACAGCAAAUCCCGUCCCAGGCCUCGCGUUCACGGCAGCCUGUCCCACCUGCGAACCCACAACGGAAUCAAUGGCAACAGAUACCGCAGGUCCUACAGCACCCAUCCACAAUUUUGUGUCCGUGGAGACUGUGGGAGUCGGUGGCUGUGAACGUCUUCAACAUACCGAGGGAAGCGGACACAUACUGUCUUUGGCAAGCAUUCAGCAAAGAGGGACAUGUGUUUUCGAUAGACAUCUUUGAAGACUUUCAUGGAAAUAGAGAAUCCAGGGGAAAGAUUCGCUUCAAGUCAGCAGACUCACCUCUCCAUUCCAUACAUUGGCCUAACCGGUUCAGCAGACCACCCCCUCAGAAAGAUUUCUGGUGCCAUGGGACGUAUCCCAUCACACUCUCAGAUGGGAAGACCUCAUUCGUCUCAAUUAGCCUCGACCCCAAACGGCCAGAGGUUCAGAUUCAAAGUCCUGUUCGUCCUAAUACGAUAUAUCCUGCUGAGGUGAAACUACCUAUAGCAUCAAUGGGCAUAGGCGUUCUCGUCAGCGAGACAUCCAUGCUUCCAAUGCGUACCGUCGGAGAUGAAAGAAAUGAGCGGGCUUUUUUGGUCAUUGACCUGAAGCGUAGAGACCUCUUCGUUCACUUCCAGUUGCCCAUCUUCAACAACAAGCCAAAAUCAGCUUCAACAGGCGAGACUUACAAUCAGUAUCGCCUCAGGAUUCCAUUUGUGCAACUCGUGAAAAUGUACCAAAUGCAGGACCCGAAAUCGGGUAAAGUCUCACAUCUGACAUUCUUGGAUUCGCCUGCCAUCUAUCAUCGACGCAUUCAAGAGACCUGGGUCACUUUCAAUGAUGACAUGUCCUGGAGAGAAUCAGAUUCUUGGUAUCGGCAGACUUCCGUGGUACACAACCCAGAUGAGCUAUCUACUCUAUCCGUGAGCUUAAAGCGAUCGAAACCAGUGAUCGAUAUUGGCCGCUGGAACGCGUUCAGAAUAACAUAUCCCGAGGCUCUCAGCAAGAAGGAUGAGGAAAGAUUCGAAUUGUACUGCAACAUUUUGAAAGACUACAAUAUUGCCAUUGAGAAUACUACCCGGUUCUCAGUAUUGGAACAGACGCAGGAAAGACCUCCACCAAUUUGGAGAUGGAUUGACUUCGCAGACCUACAGGCCUCCAAGAAGAUAGUAUCUUCCGUAGAAGAAUUAGGAGAUGAAUCUUAUGUUCAUCUGCCUUUCCCUGUGCGGUACCAGCUCGAGGUCUGUCUAUCCCACAAUUACCUUUCUGAGUUUACCAUGACCCGCGAAUUCGCGGUCAAAUUGCUCGAGCUAGGGGAAUCCGAAGCGGUUAAGCUUCUGGAACAUGUGGCUAUCAAGAAAGAAGUCUAUCAUGACCCAAUGAAAAUCUUCGAUCUCAAGUUCGCCAAAGGUUCAACUCGCGCUAAGAUACCCUCUUACUGUUGCUACAUGCGGUCAGCCAGAAUUACGCCUACCACGAUCUACUAUAAUACUCCAUCUGUUGAUAUCUCGAAUCGUGUGAUCCGGUAUUAUAUCGAGUAUGCUGAUCGCUUUCUCCGCGUUCGAUUCACGGACGAGAAGCUACUCGGCCGCAUCAACUCAACCGUUGACAACACAAUGGACGAAGUGUUUACUCGCAUUAAAAGAGCAUUGGCGAAUGGUAUCGUCAUUGGCGACAGGCGUUAUGAGUUUCUGGCCUUUGGUAACUCGCAGUUCCGAGAGCAUGGAGCCUACUUCUUUGCACCUCUGCCCAAUUUGACGGCUGCGAACAUCCGAGCAUGGAUGGGAACAUUUAACGACAUACGCAACGUUGCUAAGCAUGCUGCAAGGCUGGGGCAGUGUUUCUCAACCACUCGAGCUAUAGCUGGCUGCCCGGUACAGAUCCGUUUGAUAGACGACGUUGUCCAAAACGGAUACACCUUUUCAGACGGUGUGGGACGAAUUUCAAAGUUCCUGGCGCAGAUGGCAGCUUCAGAGCUCAAGAUCAAAACACCAAGCGAUGACCCACCGUCCGCGUUCCAGUUUCGUUUGGGAGGUUGCAAAGGAAUGCUAACAGUUUCUCCCGAGGCCCAGCGUCAAGAGGUGCACAUCCGCAAGAGUCAAUACAAAUUUGCAGCGGUCCACAACGGCUUGGAGAUUAUUCGCUGGUCUCAGUACUCCAUGGCGACUCUGAAUCGACAGUUGAUUAUUGUUCUUUCCUCUCUAGGCAUUCAAGAUCGUGUCUUUCAUGAUAAGCUCAGAGCAAUGCUACAGAGUCUGAACGAAGCCAUGGAGAGUGAUUCUCAGGCUCUGUGUUGGCUGAAGAAGUAUGUGGAUCCCAACCAGAUGACGCUUGUUGUCAGUCAGAUGGUCCUAGAUGGGUUCAGGAGUUCCAGAGAGCCAUUCGUCACGUCCAUAAUGAGACUCUGGAAGGCGUGGCAUCUCAAAUAUCUAAAGGAGAAAGCAAAAAUCGUGAUUGAGAAGGGGGCGAACUUGCUUGGAUGCAUGGAUGAGACUGGCAUUCUUAGAGGCUACUCUGAAAGGGUUCCUGCCAAGGGCGCCUCUGAUGAAGAGAAGUUAGCCGCGUUACCGGAAAUAUUCGUCCAGAUUCAUCGCCCUGACACUGGGAAGUGCGAAGUCAUUGAGGGAGUAUGUAUCCUUGCCCGCAACCCGUCUCUACAUCCCGGUGACAUCCGGGUAGUAAGAGCCGUCAAUGUUCCUCAGUUGAGUCAUCUGAAGGAUGUCGUCGUCUUCCCACAGACCGGGGAUAGAGACAUUCCCAGCAUGUGCUCUGGUGGAGAUCUAGACGGCGAUGAUUACCUUGUGAUUUGGGAUCAAGAUCUUGUUCCCGAAGAUUGGUUCCGCAAGGCUAUGAAGUACACAAGCGACAAAGCCCAAGAUCUCGAUCAGGAUGUCACGGUGAACCACAUCACUUCAUUCUUCGUCUUAUACAUGAAGAACGAUUUCCUUCCUAGGAUCGCCCACGCUCAUCUUGCCUGGGCAGAUCGUCUCGAGGACGGUGUCAACGAAGAAAAGUGCAUACGACUAGCCCAGCUUCACUCCGACGCGGUCGACUACAACAAAACGGGCAAGCCAGCGAACAUGACACGCAGCCUGCAGCCGAAGGUGUGGCCUCACUUCAUGGAGAAGAAGCACAAGCCAAAGGAAAGGAUAUAUAAGUCCAAUAAAAUUCUCGGGCAACUAUACGACGCCGUGGAGCGUAUCGACUUUGUUCCUAGCCUUGAAAUGCCCUUUGACGAACGAAUCUUGACAUGCAGCCUGGGAGUCAACGAUGAUCUUGUGCAAUUUGCUCGCGACCUCAAGGCUGACUACGACGCAGCCAUGCAUCGUAUCAUGGCACAGCAUGAGAUCAAGACGGAGUUCGAGGUUUGGUCUACUUUUGUGCUAAGUCACAGCAAUAUGAGCAAGGACUACAAGUUUCAUGAAGAGUUGGGACUGAUAUCAUCGUCCCUCCGCGACAUGUACCGGAAGAAGUGCUAUGAAAAAGUCGGCGGUCGCACCUUCGAGCUGCUUGCUCCUCUGGCAGUUGCAAUGUAUCGUGUCACCCACGAGGAAAUGACUUCUGCGCUUGUAAAGUACCGCGCUGAAAAUCCUCCCGACGGAAAGCUUUUCCAUAAGCCAACACCUAGAAUCGAUCACCUGCCUUUUAUCAGCUUCCCUUGGAUUCUGCACAACAUCCUGGGUAAGAUUGCUUUAGGUCACUAUGAAGAACCUGAGCCAGAUCCAGCACCCACUGUGAGCGCACUUGCAACCGCAAGCGUGGAUCCGCUCGAUCCUGUCCUUGGUCAAGCCGUUUCUGUCCACAAAGAGAACCGCAACGGGACCGAGCCCACGCAAGACUCUCUCAAGGGCAUUUACGAGGAUCCCUUUGGUCUCUUCGAGAGCGAUCAGGAACCCAGACCGUCAUCGCAGCCCAGUAGAGAGGCAGAGGUAUCCGCAACUCAGAAUAGACGCGAGAGUCUCCUAUCUCUCGACCAGCUGCUUGAUUUCGGGCUUGUAGAACUCGGCUUGCCUCCUUCCUCUGACUGCUUGCAUUCGAGUGCACAAGCUCCAGAUGGCUCUAGCUUGUUGGAACUCAAUGACAACCCGGCACUCGACAAACCCGCUGAGGGUAGGGCAGAGGAAACUGACUCCGAGAAACAGACGAGCUUGGUCAGUGGCAGCACGAGCAUCAAGGGCAGAUGCAUCGACAUCGUGGAGGAAGACGACGUCAAGCCAUCUGCACUCGACAUGCUCUACCAGAUAUUGGACAGUUAA